GGUAAGAAUUAAUAACAAAACGAAAGUACAUUCGAUGUGCGUGACUGUUUGUUGAUACACAGAGGUUUAAUGUUUUACACAUCAUGCAGCCGUGGAAUUGCUUAAUUUUAUUCGUAUUGUGUUUUCCGCUUUAUGUAUCCAGUGAGGCAGAUGUCAAGCCGUCUCCUCAUAUCACAGAAAUGACAAUUUCUGCCAAAACAUUCGCACGUUUUAGCCAAGUGACAGUUGCUACCGUUGUUUCGAACAGUGACGAGGCGAGCCGAGAGGCAAUGUUUGCAGUCCAGGUGCCUACCUCGGGCUUUAUCUCGGGAUUCCAAAUGACCACAGAGAACAAAACGCUGAGGGGUCUUGUGCAAGAGAAGUCGAUAGCUGACAAAUCAUAUGACAAGGCCAAAACCUCCGGCUCUUCCGCCGGAAAAGUCAGCCAGACCCCGUCAUUACCUGGUCGCGACAUGGAUAAUUUCGCCGUAUUCAUAAAUGUAGCAGGAAAUUCUACUGCAAAGUUUGAACUCGCUUAUCAAGAGGUAAUAGAGAGAAGACUCGGAGUGUUUGAGCAAAAAAUCCACGUGGAACCGAUGCAAAUUGUUCCCAAUUUGUCUGUUACGUGCUCUAUAGAGGAGCCACAAGGAAUUCGGGUAUUUAGUUACAUCCUCCCUAAUCAGACAGCGAAAAAAGAGAGUUCUUCUACAGCCGUCGAUAUCAGAGCCACGCCCAAGAAAAGGAUAGUUGAAUUCCGGCCAAGUAUGGAACAGCAACGGAUGUACGGCGAGGAAGGAGUCGGGGGAGAUUUUAUAAUAUCGUACGAUGUCGCUCAUCAAAAUGACGGAGGAAUUGUCUUAGUUCAGAACGGUUAUUUUGUUCAUUAUUUCUCGCCAAAUGGACUUCAAACAUUGCCAAAAAAUAUUAUCUUUGUUAUUGAUAUAAGUGGUUCUAUGUCGGGAUUCAAGUUGAAGAAAGUCCGCGAAGUCAUGCAAGUUAUUUUAGGAAAACUGAAAGAGAAUGACUUUUUCAACAUUCUUCUCUUUGACGACAAAGUAUCUCUAUGGAAACCUGAACCUGAAAGAGCAACCGCACACAAUAUUGAAGUUGCUAAGAAGUAUGCGGACGAAACUCUUGUUGCUAGGGGCAGCACAAACAUAAACUCGGCUUUGCUUGACGCCAUUGAUCUUCUGAGGGGCUUAUUCAAUAGAGAAAAUGGUAGAGGAAAAGUAAUCGUGUUCUUGACUGACGGACACCCGACCGCAGGAGUAACGGUCCCCCAACAAAUCCGACAAAAUGUGAAGAAAAGUAACGAAGGUCUGUCGUCCAUUUUUGCCUUAGGUUUCGGGUUUGAUGUUGACAUGCCGUUUUUAGAAGCUUUGGCUUAUGAGAAUGGGGGAUUCGCUCGCAGGAUUUACGAAGAAUCUGAUGCCAGUGAACAGUUCGAAAAUUUUUACGAUGAGAUUUCCCGUCCGCUUCUGGUGAAUGUCCGUAUGGACUACCCGCCCUCAGUAGUUGUAGUUGAAGACGCCACAAAUAGAAAGUUCCCUCAAUACUUUGAUGGUUCAGAAAUUGUUGUAUCAGGUAAAUUACGAGAUAGGCUACGUGCAGCUGACUGGCAAGCUAAAGUGACGGCUGAAGGCGAUAGUCGUCUAGAAUUUACCGCCACGCCCAAAAAUCUGUCGGAUGUACCCGAUGUCACGCCUGAUUUUGUCGAGCGAUAUUGGGCAUUUUCAAAAAUCAGAGAACUAUUGAAAAAGGCACUCAUUGCUGAAAAAACAGAACAGAGGUUUUACCGCGAGCUGGCCCUAAAUAUGUCAUUGGCUUAUCAGUUUGUGACCCCUCUGACAUCAAUGGUGGUAACUGAGGCGGUGCACGCCAGUACUGAAAUACCUCGCGGAAUUAUUGAAAGGGAUGCAUUCAUGGUUCAGAGUUCAAAUGUCCGUUCUCAUGUGGUGGCAGGCAAGCUGCCAACUGCAUUACAAACUAAUGCCUGUGGACGGUUGAUACCUCGUUUUGCCGCCUUAGUGCUGGGUUUGAUAUCAGUUGUGAUUGCAUGAAACUUUGCACCAUGAAAUGAAACUGAAUGUAUAUGGAUGUAUUUUUAAUUCCAUUGAUAAUUUCAACAUGUCAUGUUUGCAAUGAUGUUGUUUCUUCGUCCAUGAUGUGUAAUUAUGUAUGAACAUGUUUCCUUUGCAUUCCUCUCCUUGUAUUCGUCUCAGAUUAGAUUGCAUUGUAAUGUGUUAGGAAGUGGAUAUUUUCUCCGAAUGAGAUCCAUAAACAAUUGACAAUUUAAAAAUAUUUAUAAUGCCGCUAUGUACAAGGUUGAUGUCCUUUGAAGGUAUUUAGAUACUCUUUGGAUGACAUUCUAACAUGCAUGGCAAUGAUACGCGUCGAUGGACUUGACAUCUCUACAUUAAUCAUUUGAAUUGUUGUUAUUAUUAUAUGUGUGCUAAGGCUAAUUUGGUAACAAAAUAUAUUUUUUAAAAAAGAGAAAAAUAUCAUAAAAAUUAUAUUUAUGGACAUUUCACCAUGAUAUUUCUGCGAAGUUUUUGUCAAAAUUCACAUGUUUUAUAUUUUUAAUACUUUUUUUUCAAUAUGUGUAUACAGAGUUUUUUUUAAUGUGUUCCUACACACAAAAUGUCACCACUCAAUUCAGGCAUUUACUUUGGCGUCAAAAAAUAUAGUUCCUUAUCUACUUUCAGAAGAAAAUGAUAAUAAAAGAAUUGUUAUGUUUUUCAUUCAAA